UUGUCAACCUGAUUACUGUAGACGGAAUGAUGACUGUGAUCGCUUUACGACGGAAAUCGUACGGCCUGAUAACGCAAUGGUGUUAGUAAUUACUAAAAACGGUUAGUUGUCUCACUUCUCCAUAGGGAUGGAGUGGGGGCACUCCAGGUAGUUCGCAGGAUUCCAUUUCGCCUUGGUUUUCAGAUUGACCUAGACUGUCGACCGCGAUGGUUCUCAUCUUUUUCAUCUUGGCCUCUGGCCUAGUCAAUUCUGCCAUCGGUGUUGGCAAAGUGCGUCACAUUGCUGAUGAGGACAUAAAAGCUUUCACUGAAGAGUUGCUGACAAAGGACCAAAACAAUGCCGGGAAGCUAGUUACAAUGAACCUCCAGGGGAAAUCUCCUUAUGGUUCAACUAAAGACGAGGCUCCUAAUGAUUUAAUAAAGAUGGACAAAAGUGUGCUGGAAAUCCCCACAAUUAAAAAGAUUCUGCCUUUAUAUGAUAACUAUGAUGCAGAUGCUAAUCAUGAUGAAGUUGUGACACCCGAAGAGCGUAAAGAAGAACUGGCCUUUUUAGAUGCUGUAUUGAGCACACCGUCAAUGCAAUUAACGAAAAAGUUUCUUCAAGAUAAAUUGCUGGUUCCCAAAACAGAUGAAGCAUUUAAAAACUUCAUGAAAGACAUGUGGUUCACCGUUUUCUCAAGGGGUAACAAAAAAAAAGGAUCCUCAGCCUUUGAACAUAUAUUCCUUGGAGAAAUGAAGAAAGGUGAAGUGUCUGGCCUUCACAACUGGCUGUUUUUCCAGCACCAAGAGAAAAAGAAGGCAAUCAACUACAUCGGCUGGGUGAAGAACAUGGAGUUUUCAGGCAAAAGAGGAGGUGUUUUGAAAGUGAGGUAUACAUGGAACAACGUGAAUAAACCGGCCGGCACGAUGUUUUAUGGUACAAGCCCUGAAUUUGAAAUGGCCAUUUAUACAGUAUGCUUUGUCACCAGGAAGAAUGACAAAUGUAAUAUCGUAUUGAGCGGGAAACCAUUGCAAGUUUUAACUUACGCAUUUGACGUUGACGGGAAAAGUGUCAUAAGCAGCGCUUACCCCAAUUUAGUCUAAUUCAUAAUUAGUUACAAAAUGCCACAAGUCUAAAAACCAUCAUUGAUAUUAUUUUUAAAUUUUUUAAUUAUUAAUUUUGUGAUUGGCAUUAUAAUACAUGAUUAUGAAUAACACAUAUGUAUUUUUAUAUAUUGUAAGUAUUUUAGAUCUUAUACAUGAAUAUUUUAUACAGAUCUGAUAAAAUACAUUCCUUAAGAAAAUUAA